AUGCGGGGGGCGGAACACAGUCGCCAUGCGUCGGUCCUGAAGAAGGAGGCCGAGGAGGAACGCAAGCGGCAGGAGCGGCUCCAGCGCCGGAAGGACAACGCCACCAAACGCAAGCGCGAGGAGGAGGCCAAGGAGGAGAUGCAGAUGGAGCACAGCGAGGCGCCGGCGGGCAAGAGGCGAAAGAUCAAGCGCAACAAGAAGAGCAAGGCUGCGCGCAAGGAGAAGGGCAAGGAGGUCGACAACGAGGAAGAGGAGGAGGAGAUGGAGACGGAGAAGGCGGCCGGCACGUCGACGGUGACGUCCACGACGACCACGGCGGCCAUGGAGGUGGCGGCGCCCAGCGAACUGGCCCGGCGAACGAUCAGGCGGGCCAAGCGCAGGUCCGACGGCGCCAAGCCCGCUGCUGCCGCCACUUCGAUGGCCAUCGAAAACGCGGCCUAA